CCUACAAAACCCACCUCUCACCUCUCUAUUUCUCUCUCGUUCUCUACAUCUUUUGAUCUCCAUCUUUCUCUCUUUUGAGUCUACAGGUCACAAUCCAGCAAGAACUGCAAAAACCCUAAUUAUGUGAGGUGAAAACUGCUAGGAAGGAAAACUGAUUUCCACCCAAAUAUAUACAUAUCAUGAGUGCCAAUACUAGCAGCAGUGCAAGUGGUGGGGCUGCCGGAAGCAGCAGCGGGAACACUGGCGGAGGGCCAUGCGGGGCAUGCAAAUUCUUGAGAAGGAAGUGUGUGGCUGGCUGCAUAUUUGCACCUUAUUUUGAUUCAGAGCAAGGUGCAGCUCACUUUGCAGCUGUGCACAAGGUGUUUGGAGCUAGUAACGUUUCUAAAUUGCUUCUACACAUUCCGGUUCACAAGCGGCUCGACGCGGUCGUCACCAUCUGUUAUGAAGCUCAAGCUCGGCUCAGGGACCCUGUCUUUGGCUGUGUUGCUCACAUCUUUGCUCUUCAGCAACAGGUGGUGAACUUACAAGCAGAGCUGUCUUACUUGCAAGGCCACCUAGCAACCCUAGAGCUUCCUCCACCACCACCACCAUCGGCACAGCCUCAACCAAUCAUUGCACCGCCUUCGCUCACCAUAGCAGACCUGCCGACGGGUUCAUCAUCAGCACCAGCAACGUAUGACUUGUCGUCACUUUUUGACCCAGUGGUGCAACCGCCGUGGACAAUGCAGCAGCCACGCCAGAUGGAUUCUCAUCAGUUUGGUGCUGCAAGAGCUCCGGCCGAGGCAUCAUCAUCAGCCGGCACCGGUGAUCUUCAAGAAUUGGCCCGGGAACUGCUGCAUAGACAUCGGACGUCCUCCACAGUGCCAUGCAAUGAAGUACUACCUUUGCCACCCCACUCAAAAUGAGACUCUGACCUUAUUGACUAGUAGCAUUAGGUUUUUGCAUUAUGGUCCCCCGGUUAAAUUCGUCCUAAAGGCAAUUUAACUAUGAUUUUUUCUUUUAAUACAAAGGCAAGUAAUUUCUAUGGUUAAUCUACUUAUUUUAUAUUAUUUUCUGUUCAUACUUCAUAGUAUUGUUUUGGCUCGAAUUUAAUUCAAAUUUAGUGUAUACAUGCUUUUGUAGAUC